AUGAUGGAGCAAACGGUCCUCCAGCAUCAUCGACGUCAGGCGCAGCUCCAGCAACGUCGUGCUCGCCGCCGCAAUGACCCAAAGCUCCACUGGUUAUCUGAGAUCAAGCACGGAGUGACAAUUGAGCCAACGAGCGUGGCAGAUCUCGCGGCGGUUACGUCUCGACUCGGAUGGCUACAUCAGCAGCUGGCAAUGGACACAUGGACAGCAUUGCGACGCUGGUACCUCCAGCUCAAAGUGAUGGUUACACAAGACAUGUCGCAGACACAACAAACAGUCGAUGACCAGUCGAUGACAUCGACUUGUUUGCUGCAGGCUAUGGAGACGACGCUGGCACGUGAGCAGCGCUGCUAUGACGUCGUGUACAGAGCAGGAGCGCGGGUCUUAGACGCUCGUGAAAGUCUGUUGGACGAGGAUGCGCCAGCGGAUGUUCGUGAAGUCUUGAGCUUUUCCACACGCUCGGGUGAGGGCUUUAUCUGCCGCGUCACUUGUUUACACGACGGCCAUCGGGUGCUCUUCAGUGCCAGUGACUACGUCGAGGGUCUGCAGACAGAGCUGGAUCGACUAUUGAGCAAAGGGAUGCCGAUUGACAAAGCGAUCAGCUUCAUCUGGACUGCACACGAAACCUGGCAAACAACUGUCGACUGA